AUAUGGCGGACGAUACGCUCUGACAUACGUUUCCCUCUGUGUAGCUCAAUCCUCUGACGAAUUAUGGCAUAUAGAUAUAAAGAAUGAAUAUUUAAAAGGUGAGCCUGUAGAGAAGGGUCAAUUGGCUUUAAACCGAUCUGGAACAACUUAAAGUGAACCGUCAUGGCUGUUACAUUUCACACUCGUGGACGCCAUGGAUAUGCAGUCAAGUUUUCUCCAUACUUUGGGCAAAGACUUCUCUGUGCAGCUUCACAACAUUAUGGGAUAGCUGGCAGUGGGACGUUAUUUAUUCUAGAUGUCCUUCCCACAGGAAUUCAGGUUGUAGGCAGGUGGGAGUGGGGUGAGGGUCUGUUUGACUGCUCAUGGAGUGAACACAAUCAAGAUUUUAGUGUUACCGCAAGUGGGGAUGGAUCACUUCAGAUGUGGGAUCUUAAAAAUCCUAAGGGUCCAAUAAAGGUUCUAAAAGAGCACAGGGCAGAGGUUUAUGGAGUUGAUUGGAGUUGUCAUAGACAAAUUGAUCAAAUUUUGAGUGCGUCCUGGGAUCACACCAUAAAAUUGUGGGAUCCAAACCAGGCCCAAUCCUUAGCGACAUUUACUGAUCACCAACAUGUUGUCUACAGUGCUGUGUGGUCUCCACAUGUUGCAAGGACCUUCGCCUCUGCCUCAGGUGACAACACCCUCAGGGUAUGGGAUGUAUCAGCCCCUCCAAGGGCCCAACAGACUAUCAGGGCUCAUGAUGGAGAGGUCCUCACUUGCGAUUGGGCCAAAUAUGAUGUGAAUCUAGUAGUCAGUGGAUCAGUGGACACAAAGAUCAGGGGUUGGGACCUGCGCAACACAACAGCUCCAGUUUUCAGUCUUGAAGGUCACCAGUAUGCUGUUAGACGAGUCAAGUGCUCUCCCCAUAACGGCUCUUUAUUGGCAUCUUGUUCAUAUGACUUCACCAUGCGAACUUGGAACAUUAACAAUGGACCACAAUCUUUAGAAAGAAUAGAGCAUCACACAGAAUUUGUGGUUGGUCUGGAUUUUAAUCUUCACCUGCCUGGACAGCUUGCUGACUGCUCUUGGGAUGGACAUGUAAAAAUCUACAGCCCUGCCUCAUUAAUCCAAAGGUGACCACGAUGGUGAGAUG